AUGGAUCUAACUUUUUACCAAAGCUCCAUACUUACAAUAGUCACCAUUUUUCUUCUAACAAGUUUAGUUUCAAAAAGGUUUUUCACUGCAGCAACUCCAAGAAUGGUUUCUCAAGAUACUAUUCAACGUGUUAAGGGGCUAAUCGGUCAAAAGAAGCUAUUUGUUGCUUCCAAGACUUACUGUCCUUACUGCCAAGCCACCUUAAAGACCCUUUUCACCGAUUUGCAAUUUCCAGAAGCCCAGGCUAUCGUCUUACAAUUGAACACUAUCGAUGAUGGUCAAGAUAUCCAAGAUGCUCUUUACGAAAUCAAUGGUCAAAGAACCGUGCCAAACAUCUACAUCGACGGUAAGCACAUUGGUGGUAACAGCGAUUUGCAAGAAUUGAACGCUUCUGGUAAAUUGCAGGCUCUACUAAAAUAG